GCUUUCUCAUGUCAAAUACAUCUUCGAGGUAGGACACCGAGCAAGAAGACGAGAAGAUAAUUCCGCAAGAGGUUGACUUUAACACCUGCAGAACUUCACCAUGAAGAUGUUGGCUGUGUCUAUACUUGUCAUUGCCAUGAUGGUUCUGACUCAGGCCAAUUCUACUCAAAAAGCAGAUUCCGCUUCGCCAACAGUUGCAGAAAAAGAAGAAGAAUCUACAGCCGCAUCUAAUCCUGACUCAGAUGAUGAGGAACCUGGGAGCGAAUCAGAAGAGGACGAGGAUGAAUCAGACUCACCCGCUGAAGAAAAUGCAGAGAGUGGAAAUGAGACCCAGGCAAAACAUGAAGUUGCCAAGAGAUCCCUUGGUUGCCGCUGUGGUUGGACUCGGUACGGAAGACGCUGCUUCCGUUACUUUCCAGCAGCCAAGACUUGGGCUUUGGCUCAGAGACACUGUCAGGCAUACGGUGGAAACCUUGCAUCUGUGCAUAACAGGAAUGAGGAUUACUUGAUUAGGCGCUUGGCACGCAACAGAAUAGCAUGGAUUGGAUUGUCUGAUGCACAGCAGGAACGUUAUUGGUUCUGGAUUGAUGGUACACGUGUCAACUAUGCAGCCUGGAGUCGUGGACAGCCCGACAACCACGGCAGAAAGCAGCACUGUGCACGAAUUAACUGGGGAGGUGCAAAGCGCUGGGAUGACUGGUAUUGUGUCUACCGUCACGGAUAUGUCUGUGCAAAGAGGGUGUGAUUCCUGGACAAAGACAAAAGCACAAAGGGCCUGUCAAAAUGACACCGGCUUUAUAUCUCAAAUCAAAUGUGCAUUUCCUUGCUAUUGUUGUAGCGCUGCUUUAGCAACAAGGGACGCAAACAGGAGCUGCCUCUUAAAUAAGAGCAGAUUGAAUGGUAAUGAAAAGAAUCCUUUUAGCACAACUUUAUUCUUCAAUCUUUCAUGUAUCAUGCAUAAUUAAUCAUUAAAAUGUUCAAGCAUUAAAA